UCUUCUUGCAAAAACAAGGGCUGGAACUCCAGUGGUAGGAGCAGUGUGUCUGAACCACAUUCAGCACAGGCCCUUCGUCCAUUUUGUAUAUUGUUUUUAAUUUUUGGGUGGUGGUUGUUGUUUUUUUUGUUCUCGGUGAAUUCAGCCUGUCAGCUCUGCAAAAUGUUUUUCUCUUUGCACGUUGUUUUCCUGAGCAUCGCCAUAGUGGAGAGCAGUGCAUCAAAUGCAAAUCAAAAAGACUGCAUGAGAUCCAGUGGUGUGGAGUACAGAGGGGAACAACAGAGCUCCUCCUCAGGUCUGAACUGUCUAAACUGGACCAAUACUACUAGAGACUAUGAUGUUAACAUCCAUCGUGAUUCACAGACAGGUGUGGGAGAUCACAAUUACUGCCGAAACCCAGACUCCUCUGAGAGGCCUUGGUGCUACAUUGCUGGUCCAGAUGGGACGGUCCAGAGACAGUUCUGUGCAAUUGACACAUGCAAAGAACAAGCCUCUACUGUGCCAGCAGAGGCCGAAUUCCUCAACCCAACAGGAGCCGCUCCCUCCACAGAGAGCUUUCAGCCGGGGGAAGUUGCUGCUGUGCAGCCAGUGAUGGGAAUUAGCCAGCGAGUGCGCACAGGACCCAAAAAAAAGAAAGACCUUGGCACGCUCGGCUACGUCCUUGGCAUCCUCAUGAUGGCGAUUAUAAUCAUCCUUGGAGUAGGCAUCACGUUUGGCUACUUCUAUAAGAGGGGUCAGGACUUAAAGAAGCAGCAUGAGCAGCGAGUGUAUGAGCGCGAGAUGCAGAGAAUCACCCUGCCCCUGUCAGCUUUCUCCAACCCCACCUGUGAGCUGGUAGAUGAGAACACCAUCGUUAUCACAGCAGAGCACGAGACGACGCCUGUCCAGGAGGGCGUGGAGGGCAGGGACCCUCUCAUGGGCCACCAAGCCGGUACCCCCGGAGCAUGAGUAGGCGUGUAGUCCUCCAACAGGACUGUGAUAUGUUUUUGUGGACCAAAACACUCCCGUCUUCGUUUCUCCUCUCUGCCUCCCCGAGUAACUUCGGUUUUAAAAGGAGUAUGGGAGCACUCUUGGUUCCAAACACUUGAACUGAAUGCUGUGUGCUUUGUGUCCCCUUUCCUGUGGUUUUUAUACAUCUGAGGCACAAACAAGAUAAGCUGACACACCAUGGACACAGUCUUAACAACUAGAAACCAUUAAGGUGAAUCUGUUGAUAAUGUCAUGAGGUCUUUAAUAUUCAUAUUUGAUACAUUUGAUAGCCAAGAAAAUAAGGUUAUGGGCUGCCCCCCCUUAAAUAACAGUAUGAAUCUCUAGUCAAAUGAAAGUUGACUAGUCAGUGUUUAUAAUGGUGUGUGAUGAAACCAAUUCUUCAUAGAGAGAUGGUGUUUUGAAUGUGGGGAAUGUUUAUAACCUUUUGUUUUUCAGUAUGUUUCCAUGUGGAGAAGAUGCUCUCCAUAGGAGGUGUGUGGUUACAUGAUGAUUAUGUGAUUGAUUUUUUUGUAUUGACCCACUGGCUGUGCCGAGGGAGAUGCGGACAAGAAACGUGUAUGUAUAAAGACUGCUUUAUCUUGGAGACACACGUGUGACAAAGAUGUGAGUGUCCAAAAAUAGUCAUCCUCCUCUGAGACAGGAUGAGGGAACAUGAGGUAAAACAGGCCCACUAAAGACAAGGGAAAUUGCCUUAGCAUGAUACUUCUGAAUGUAUUUGUUUAUCGUUUCCCAGAUGAUUUUUUUCUCUUUGUACUCGACUGAAAGGGCUAAUGCAGUUGCAAAGCAUGAUGGCGGUCAUUGGCAGACAUGAAAAAGGACUUGCCCUUUUCUUCCACAGGUUAAGGAGUGACAGGAAAUGCUCUCAGGAAGCAUGAGAGACAGUAGUUAGUUCUCAGGAUAAAAUAGCACUGCCACAACAUAGAACAGAUGGCAUCAGAAAAAGAAAAAGCCUGAAGUCUGCCUUUGCAGAGCAGGACAGUGAGUGUGUUGAAGUGCUGAAGAAGCCUGAUCCCUAGAUUAGAUUCAGAUAUUUGAGUUAUGCACUUGAUGCUUCAGGGUAGAGACAGGAAUGGAGUAGAAUAGAAACAGUCCAAAGUUUGGUGUUGUUCAUUCAGAAACAUUCAAAAACAUGAAUGCAUGCACAUGGUUACCUGCUGUAUGCUUGUAUUCAGGGGCCAUUUCUUUGCAUCUUAAAAAGUAGAACUACUGAUUGAAUAAGACAUUUAGAAAAUACCUGCCUGAAAAUAGAAAUCAUCGUACACAGAAGAUUUUUUGUUUGUUACACGAUUCAUUCUCAGUGUAUUGUCAGUUUGUUAUCUCUCCAUCAGUCCAGAUGAUCUUGUUUUGUGGUUAUUGCUGGAUCCACAUUACUGGUAUUACUGCUGUUCCAUUAUUUCAAGCAUCUGUGUGUUGGUUGUAAUUAUUAUUUUCUUCAUAUAAGCAACGUGUUCAAAAUACUGUUGUUGAGCAUUUGAAUUUAGUACUUGUAUGAUUGUAGAUUUUUACUGCUGACUGAAAUAAAACAUCAAACAGA